UUAAUGCUUCUUAAAUAGUCGAGGGUGAGAAUGGGCCACGAAGAACUUUAAUCCCAGCCCGACGGACACAGCAUUGAGCGGAGAUGGGGGAGGUUGAGGCCUAAUUUGCAGGGCUAAUGCGGGUGUGGACCGAGCAGAAGCUGGAGUAAAACGCGAAGCUUCUCAGAGCGCGAGGGCGAAACAACCAAAUAAUCUCCCAAGUAUCUGCAAAUUCGUUUUUCAGAGUUGCCGCGCUGCGACGUCACAAUGAAUUCCUUGUAUUUCUGCGGCGGAGCAAAUUGUGCUAACGGCGACUACCCACUGCACGGCGUGAACGCCCUGGCUGUCUUUUACGAUUUUCACCACCAGAUGGCGGGGCGAUACCAAAGUUCCACAGGCAGUCCCCCGUCUGUGCACACGUUCUCCGUUGCCGAGAGACUUGCAGAGCUGAUCUUGGAGGCGCGGUACGGGAACCAGCAGAAGCAGAGGCGCAGUCGCACAGCCUUCAGCGUGGCCCAGCUGCAGGCCCUGGAGAAGGCCUUCCAGCAGACCCAGUACCCCGACGUGGGCAUGCGGGAGAGGCUGGCCGUCUGCAUCAACCUGCCCGAGGCCCGCAUCCAGGUGUGGUUCAAGAACCGGCGGGCCAAGUUCCGGAAGGGCCAGCGGUGCGGCCCGGCCCCCGGGGACCCGGGAUCGGACCGGGACCCCCCUCAGAACCCGGGGGGGAAGGAGGAGAAGCGCGGCGGGGACGAAGGAGGGGAACCCGGACCGUCCGCCGGGGGGUCUCCUUUCGGGGGCGUCGGCGCCUGUCCCGCCAGCCCUGGCCCCGGGGUGGACCUCGGGGCCAUCCAGCCGUACCCCGCGCCGGUCUCUCCCUUCGCGGGGGGGGACCGCCCCCCCCACUCGCACCGGCACUGCGCGCUGGACGUGCCGCCGGGGGGCCUACGCGCCCCCCCCCUUUUCUGGCCCUUUCUCCGUCAGUACGGCCCGGUCCUGGACCCCGCACCCCCGGGGGGUAAGAACAGCAGUACGCCCCUACACACUGCCAGCCCUGCCAUGGCCCUGCCUCUCCCCCACAUGGACCUGUAG